CACCCGACGCGUCUUAACUUCAACGGCGCCCCUCCGCAUCCAAUGCUACAUGUGCCUGGCCGCUUUCUUUCUUCCCUUUCCUUUGCUCAUCUUCGCUUUCCUCACCUGUAUGCUCGCUGCGCUGUACAGGGCUCGCGCGUCUCCACGAUUGCCUCCGCAGGCUUCGUCUCCUAUUUUGCGACCCGUUCAUUCGCAUUCCAAGUACGGCUACCUGGCGACACGUCCACACUCUACGAUUAUGUUUAAGAAAGCGGUAGCGAAAGAGAAUGCAUCGCCUGUUGCAGUGAAGGCUGUCGCACAGCAGCGAACGCUCCUGUCUUCCUUUAGACACACUGGAAGUACUCAGAGCUCGACGUCGCGUCCAUUGUCGGUAGCGUCAGCAAACAUUGUACGGGAGUCGGAACGAAGAACAUCAGCCGGGUAUGGUGCAAAGAGGACAUCUAGUGGGCUUGUAAAGGCUUUGGAGCCCCAGGAGAACUUCGAAUACCCCCCGCUCAGCAUAUCCGGAAAUAACUCGUCCCGUACAAGCGUGGAAACCUCGGCCGCAAUAGGCGAAAAAGGUAUCGUUUUCGACGAAAAUGACUUCGACAGCGAUAUCGACCUUGACGUAGAGGAUCUGGCAACGAAGGACACCGUUAAAUAUCCCACUCUCCCUCAAUCCCCAAACAACCAUAAACCGAGGGACUCAGGUUAUGGAUUUGUGGACCUCGACAAUGGUCUGGAAGGACUCGACAGCAGCCUGCCUGUGCCAUGGUCGUCUUCGCCCGUGGAGCAUUUUCAACCCCCACCCGUUCGGCCAGCACAACCUACUAAACGGCGGACACUACCUUGGCUGGAGAAGGGUAGUCAGAUAGAGUCUAGCAAACAAUUGGAGGAUAGUCCUGAACCGGAAAGCACGCGAUCGAAGAAGCGCAGGCUCCCGGAAAGCGGUGACGCGACACCAAAGCCGAAAGACGCGACCAGAGAGUACCCAUGGAAUACGACGGCUAGUGCAGUCAAGCAGCAGCAGAAGAGCCUGCGGGAAGCCAAGAAGGCGUUAACGAAGACGAACACGGGAGACGAGGAGGAAAAGAAGAAAGCUAUUGCGCAGAAAAAGAAGAACACGGUACAUCGGAUAUUUCUUAGCGAAGAGCAGCAGCACGUUUUGCAGCUGGUCACUGAAUACAAGAAGAGUGUCUUUUUCACGGGUUCGGCAGGUUAGUAUUCAACUAGGUCAUUCCUUGGCAACAUGCUUAACUAUUCUACCUAUAGGUACGGGCAAAUCUGUUCUCCUGCGAGAGAUUAUUUCGGCAUUGCGCCGUAAAUAUAUUCGAGAGCCGGAUAGGAUUGCCGUUACGGCAUCAACAGGGCUGGCU